CCGAGCCGAGGGGGGCGCUACUGCUGCCUAGCGGAAACACUCGUGAUAUCUAUGUAUAAAUCCACGCACCCAGACAGCCGUGUUUAUUAUCAUACACCAUGACCGACACCAAAACUUCCUAAACACUCAUGAGCCACAUCGACUAUUGUGUCUGACUCCGGGACGCUCACAAACGGGUUUGGAUCAUGUUGUCACUGGUCGGUGCGCGGUCCAUUCGGUGGUUCAGGACCGUCCUUCCAGUGAGGUACUCAGUCGUUACGGGGGGACAAACUUAUGAUACGCAACCCACAGAGGAAGCACUAGGUAGACAUGUAAACUCCGGGCCACCCAAAGUGGGCUCAUCGUUUGUAUGUAGGACACACGUGGGGUCAUUCCGGGGUUAUUGCACUGCACACACCAAACUCAGUUGUUGGAAGUGUCAGCAGACCCUUGAAGACCAGCCAACCUUCUUCUGUCCUCUCUGCAAAGUCGUCCAGCCUGCAGAUGAGUCAGCAUCCCACUUCCAGAUUUUGAACAGUCCCCACUCAUUCACGCUGGACACACAGAAGCUUCAGAAGACGUACCUGCAGCUGCAGCGCACACUACACCCAGACAACUUCAGCCAAAACACAAAGGAGGAGCAGCAGCACUCGGAGGACCAGUCGGCCCUGUUGAACAAGGCGUACCGGACGCUGCUCAAGCCUCUGAGUCGAGGCCUGUAUAUGUUGGAGCUGGAGGGCAUGGCCCUAGAGGAGGGGAGCGACUCCGGGGCGGACCCCAGCUUCCUGUUGGAGCUGAUGGAGCUGAACGAGGCGGUGGAGGACGCGCAGACGCCGGAGGAAGCCGACCGGAUCGGCCGCGACACGAAAGUGAAGCUAGAGGAACUGACAGACCAGAUAGACGGAGCUCUGAACAGAGGGGAGCAUGAAGCUGCCAAGGCACUGCUUAUCCGGAUGAAGUACUUUGCAACCGUUGAAGAGAAAGUGAAAGAACAACUUUCUAAGCUUAUGUGAUAUAUCUAUAUAUAUAUUUAUUUGAGCAAGUUUAAAAUGUGCAGGAGCAAUUUACAUUCGAUGGGUGGUAUAUUAUAUAUUUAUAUAUGAGUUUGUUUAAUAUUUUAAAUAAAGGAAAUUUUAUUCUAAAGUAUGAAUAAAUUAAAUUGAUUAAGAAA